CUUGAUGGUAAUCAACAGGCCGCGAGUUCAUCUCCCUUGGAUCCGAUUAUGGAAUACGGACUCUCUUUUUCCGACAGCACCGCGGGCCCGUCUGCGUUCUCAACCGCACCUAACCCAGUACGCCAACCUGCAGGAACGAAGCCGCGGAGCUGCAUCACCUGUCGCACCCGCAGAGUGCGCUGUGACAAAAGGUCGCCUUGCUCAAACUGCCGCCGUGGGGGUAUUGCAUGCGUCGUGCCUUCCACAGAGGGACCUCCAAGAUGGGCUCGCAACUUGGAGAAGCGUCCAGGUGCUACGCCCCAAGCCGUUACGCCAAGCAUCACCAAAGUCAAGGAAAGGCUACAAAAACUCGCAGGGUUGGUGAAGCAGUUCGAACGUGAGAUUGAAGAAGCCAAUGCAUCUGUGCACACUCCAAUCAGUGCAGGCGGUCGCGAUGGUGCGAUCGACACUGCUACGCAACAGUGGUCGUCAAGUCAAGGGUCCCAAAACGCAGUAAGGUUCAGUUCAGCCCUCAGUCAAAAUGGGAAGUUUUGUGGGGCCAGUUCCCAUUAUGUGACCAGCACAUUCUGGGCAAAGAUUGAUCAGGAGCUUUCCGCGCUUCGAGCAGACACCCACGGUGUCGCAGAACUGGAUUCUGACAGUUCUGAAGAUGAGCUUCGGGCCCAAGAGACAGCGAUAGUAUCACCGACACCAGUACUCUCAGAGCCCGGAGCUUUUCUCUUUGGAACCAGCUCGAACGCCCCACUGAGCGAAUACCGUCCUUUACCAAGCCAGAUACCAUACCUCCUGGAGGUGUAUGAGCGCAACGUCAACUUCUUUGUCCGCGUCAUACAUAUGCCGACGCUGCUCGAAACAACCCGUUCUCCAGGGUCCAUGACAAACAUCGAUCCUUCCGAUGAAGCACUGUUCUUUGGGGUUUACUACGCAGCAGUAGCCUCGAUGGAGGACUCAGAUGUUCAAUCUAGCUUUGGGAUCUCGAGAGCCGCACUCACCACAAAAUUUCGUCUUGGACUCGAGACCUGCCUUGCUCGCGCAGACUUUCUCAACAACCCCACCAUUACCGCGGUGAAGGCUCUGACCCUUUUCCUCGCUCUGCAUCGCAGGAGUGAGAGCCCUAGAUUCGUUUGGAUGAUGUUCGGAUUGUUAACAAGGAUGGCGCAGUAUCUUGGGCUGCAUCGAGAUGGAGAAGGCUCGCCCCACCGUACCGUGUUCGAAGUCGAAAUGUGCAGAAGGGUGUGGUGGGCGAUGUGCCUUCUCGAUCAAAAAGUGUCUGAAGAUCAGGGAACACAUAUGGUUUACGCGUCACUAGACUUUGACACAAAAUACCCUCUUAAUAUCAACGAUGCAGACAUCAGUCCGCAAACGACUGUCACCCCACCCGAGCGCUACGGCGUGACAGAUGUAUCGUUCGCACGUAUCGGUGCUGCCUUGACUGACGUCCACCGCCAGCUACUGUCGUCUGGCUUUCACUUGAGUUUCAAGGAGAGGCUCUCUCUAAUCGAAGAGGUCUUCCAAAAGUUCCAAUCGCAAUACUUGCAGCAUACGACUGAGACUGAUGGCGGCCUAUCUUAUUGGGUGUCGGUAUGCAUGGCACGUCUCGUCAUGGCGAAACUUACGCUCUUGUCAUUUGCACCCGUCAUUUGCAGGAGGGCUCCAAAUUCGCGAGUCGAGCCAUCAAUGGACAACAUGCACUGCACAAAGCUAUUCCACGCAGCAAUCCAGGUCGCAGAGUACAACCACGCCAUGAACGCAGAGGAGGCGUGCAGGAAUUGGCGGUGGAUAUAUCAAACAUGCACGCACUGGCAUGCGUCUGUAUACCUCGCGCUGGAAAUACCAAGAAGGGAGUGGAGUCCUACCGUGGAGCGGGCAUGGGUAGCAUUGAAUAGUCCGUGGCUGAUUCCUUCCAAAGCACUGAAGGACCAAGAUAAGCAGAUAUGGUUUCCUAUCAGAAAGCUGAUUCGCAACGUGCAGAGACACCGGGAAGCCGAAUUGCAUCGCCUGCGUGCGAACCCGCAGGCUGCGCGUGACUUGGAAAUGCUAGAUAGGAAGAUAUCCUUUGGUUCGCAUCCUGCUCCGUUCCCUACUGCUGGGAUGGAAGGGGUUUUUCUCCAGCGAUGGCGUCGUGUUGUAGGUCUCGAUGACGGCGCGCAAAAGAUCAUGGCGGAUGCGGCGCUCGAUGAUCCGUUGAGGUUUCUCACAUACAGUGCUCACCACGAACUCAAGGAUCAGAACACUUAUGCAACAAGUGAGCCAACGGAUGAGGUAGCCAGAGAAUCCGCGGUCGUGGGUGCGGAGAGCUUGUUCAGUGCGUUGGGUCCAUGGCACGGGGACCCCGAGAUGGAGUGGGACGCUGGGGAGGAUUGGCAGGCUUGGAUCGACUCGGCACUCAUUGCUGAACAUUCAGAGCUGCAAGAGUGGCAUUGAGGAGUGGAGAGGCGGAAGCAGAUGUGACCAGUAUGAGAUCUGUGGGCUACUUUUAGGUGACUUCGUCAUGGGUA